GGUUGUUUACGUUUACGGUUUUGCAUUUGCAUACAUGACAGAUUCUUUAGAUUCUUCCUGUGUCAUUACUGUAUUCCUUUCAUAAUUAUUCCUACUUUCCGGAUUUUUCUUAAAGUAUAAUUCAUUUCAAGCAUUUAUCUGUGCUUCCAGCCCACAUUUAUAGCAAUACUUCCCGUAGAAUCUCCGAGGUUCUACCGAUUAAGUAAUCAUACGCCGAUCGAUUCCACUAUGUUGCAUGUGCUCUCAGUGUCAAUAUUCUUGCUCUCAUGUUUAACUUAUGUUAGUUCAGAUAGUAGAAAUGGUCUCCAAACGGUGAAUGAUGAUGAGCUGUUAGAUUUAUACCGAUCUGAAAGUUAUGUUGUUGUAUUAUUUGUGAAAAAAAAUUGCGGAUCACCUUGUGAAAAGUACGAAAAUGAGAUCUUAAAAAUUAGAGAGGACUUGGUUGACUCGCUGAAUGCCUGGGUAGUGAAAGUUGAAGAUAGCCAGUUAUUACGAUUGUACUCACCAGAAUCUGAACCACAACUUGUUUUUGUGAGACAUGGCGUCCCAUUACUUUACGAUGAUGAAAUCAUUGAUGAUUUAAUUUUGCACACCUUUACCUAUAAUAAGGAUCCUGCUGUCAAGGAAUUAAAUGAUGAUAACUUUGAACACCUCACUCAAGCAGCAUCAGGGGCCACCACUGGUGACUGGUUUGUCAUGUUUUACUCUACAGAUUGUGUGGAGUGUCAACGUCUGCAGGCUCGUUGGGAAACUGUUGGAGCAAAGUUAAGAACUAAAAUGAAUGUGGCUCGUGUCAACCGUCAAACAACUGGGCGUGUAACUUGUCGGCGUUUUGGAGUUUUUGAGGUUCCGGUGUUCAUCUUUUUCAGGCAUGGAAAAUUGUACAGGUAUAAUUUGUCCAAGUUGGAUGCCAAAUCUUUAGUGCAGUUUGCUUCAGAUUGGUACCGCAAUGUUCGGGCAGAACCUGUCCCUCAUCCAAAGACACCAUUUGAUGACUUUACGCAGAUGAUUGCUGACUACUUGAAAGAGAACCCAUGGACUAUAAAAUUGGUAUCAGCUAUAAUAAGCCUAAUAACACUUGUCAGUGUCUAUUUUCGAUUCAAACCGAAAAAGCAGAAAAAAUCCAAAUCUACUUCCUCCUCGAAGUCAAGCUCUGCAUCCAAGUCGAAAUCCUCCAAAACAUCAGAACAGGCCAAAGAUAAGUGAAGAGAUGCGCAGAGCCUCUGGCCUCAUCCCAUGACUACCAAGUCUUUCAUCAUUUUUAUACCGCAUUUUACUUUGAACUCAAGAAUUCUGUCCAUUUUUUAAAAACAAAUUUCAAUUGGUGUGUUUUUAAGAUGAAAGUUAAAUUAAAUCCUAAUAUGUAGAUAUUUUUAGGUUACCUAAUAGUUAAGUUAAAGACAUGGAAUAAAUGGGCACCCUCAACUUUCACACUUCAUGCAAGCAGAUUGCUGUCAUCUGUGUGAUAGAAUGUAUCUUGUCUGCAUUGUUUCAGUAUCUCUACAAACAUUGAAUUUUUUGAUGCAAGAACCAUCGCAUAAAUCAGUCAAAAAACUUCUGAGUCUUUUGCUCAUAAGGGUACAGAAAAAUCACUGGAAAUUUCAGGCAAAUUCAUGUGACGGUUCUCCAAUGAACAAGUAAAAUGUAAGUAAGGAAUAAUGAAACAGCACAGUCGAGGUAUGUUCCCUCAUGCAGGAAGCAACAAGUUCUUGCAGACAGCUUUAGGGCUACCAAAAAAUAACAAGCUGAAUUUUUAAUUCUUAAAUGAAAGUAAGACAAAAGACUUUCAGGGAAGAGAGCAGGUCUGGGAAUUUCAAAGAGCUACUGGACCACUAUAAACAAUAAUUAGUUCGGUAGAUUGGGAGAAGGAAGAACAUUUCUUCCUGUUUGACAGCGUGUUUAAACUUAUGGAAACAAAGAUUUGUCUCCUCUCAAAGAUAAAAAAUUUGCAAGGCUUCUGAUUCACUAUUAAUUGCCCACUUCACGAGUGUUUGGACCUCGGUUAUCAGUCCGUAGGUGUGGAACUUUUAUUGCAAGUUGACUUGCACCUAAUUGAUUGAAGUAAGAGUCUGUUAUUCGUUCGUUUCUUCAAAAAAUUUGCUGAAAUCAGGAUUCUGAUUUCAAAACUACCAUAUGCCCUUUGAGGUGAGGUUCCUAUGAUUCUUAAAUUCUCAAGUACUCACAAUUAGGGUUGUUCAAACAAAUCCUUAGCGGUUACUGCCUGUGUUGAGAUACCAAUAUACUCUAAUGAGGCUGCUCUUGUCAAAAAUGGGCGACUUUAUCGGAACUCGAUUGGAAGAUUCUAGAAGAUUCUAUUCGAAUCAUUGUUGCCUAGUAUGUCUGUCUUUAGGAUCGCUUGGGCAGUAAAACGGACAUACAUGACAACAGCUCAUUUUGCCAGCUAAAGAAACUCCGGUGGCCAUUGGCAAGGGUCUUCUUAUUGUAGUUACUUCAAUGGAAUUGCUAUGAUAUAGCUUACCAAAAACUGAUAGGAUAGGAUAUCUCUACUCACACUAAGUGAGUCUUGUUUUAUAACCCGGGGGGGUCAAAUACUUGGAUAGAGUUUGUGAUCUUAGAUAGGGACCCUCAAACUCACUCUAUUGUGUUUGACGGUCAAAAAUUAAUUGACCGUAUUUUUUUGGAAUUUCUCUGAUUUUUUCUAUAUCUGAAAAAUGUUUCAUUAUUUUGCAAAGGUUUAAAAUGAAAAAUUGGUUUACUUUUCUUGGUAAUGAUAAAAUUAAGAAAAUUCUUGAGUUGAGUUGAGUUUUAGAACUAAAGAUAAUCGCAACACCCAUCGUGAUCGAAAAGUCAGCUCGUGCAAUCUGAUUUUUUUUUUUUUUCCACUUAUCCAUGCAUUCUGGGAGACAAAAUAUAAAAUGGUGUACAGUCUUAAGUUACUAUCAAUGUAUGUACUUUGUUAAUACGUUUUAUGAAUUUAAAAAACUGUAAUUGUGUUUGUUUUCUACCUGUGUCUUGUUGCAUAAUUUUUUAAGAAUAUAUUUUUUUAUCGAAUA